AUGAAUUACAAGAAAUAUAUCAACUAUUCAGCUAUAAAUUAUCUAGCAUUUAAUUAUGCUGGGUUUGCAUGUAUUGCAAUAAUUGUAUUUCUUACGGCAACUCAACCUUUUUAUAUUAAAGAAGUUAUUGGAAUUGAACCUAAACCUGGUACUUCAAAAGAUAAAAAAAUUGGACAUAUUGUUGGAUUAUUGGGAUUUUUUGAUGAAUUAACAGCAAUGAUUGUUGCUCCUUUAUUAGGGGCAUUAAAUGAUAAUUUAAAUAUUUGGAAUUAUAGUGGAUCAAAAAUUAUUCAAAGUUCAAGUUUUUUAAUAAUUGCAUUGUCAUUAUUAGGAUAUGCUUUAUUUUGUAAAAACCUAGUACCAGAAAUGUUUAUAUUUAGAAUAUUAUUUGCGAUUGGUGUAACUGGUUGUAUGAGUAUGGUUACUGUUGUACUUAAUGAAUUAACAAUAUCCGAUUUUGAAUUUAGGAAAUUUUUAUUUUGGAAACCAAAACCUUUGAAUUAUUUACCCCUUGUUGAUGAAAAUGAUGAAGAUAAUGAAGAACAAGUUUUAGUUGUGGAUAAGAAAAACGGGAAAUAUGCUGGGAUAAUGGGGGUAUGUACUGGAUUGGGAGCAAUUUUUUCAGUUUCUUUAUUUGUUACAUUACCAGUUAAAUUUGUUGAUAAUCACGAUGAUUGGGAAAUGAAAGAUGGUUUGAAAUAUUCAUAUUUGAUUCUUGUUGCAUUUGCUUUGAUUUCAUUUGGUAUAUUGUUUAUAUUUUUAUAUCCAACUAAAGGAGAUUUAGAAAUUGAUGAAGUAUCAUCUAGUAAACAAUCAUAUAUGGAAUUACUUAAAGAAGGUUUUGAAUUUUCCAAAACUGACAAGCAAGCUCAAUUGGCAUAUAUGGGAGCAUUUGUUGCUAGAUCCACAACUGUUGCAACAGCCAUGUUUAUCCCAUUAAUGGUUUAUGAAUGGUAUUAUAACAUUGGAGAAUGUAAAACAGGAAAUGGAAAUUGGGCAGGUAAGAUUUCAUGUCAUGAAGGUUAUGUAUUUUCAGCUAUAUUAACAGGUGUUGCACAAACUGUUGCUUUGGUAUCUGCACCGAUUUGGGGAUAUUUGGUUGAUUCUCCAAAAUUUGGAAAGACUAAAACAUUAGCAUUAUCUGGUGUAGUUGGAUUAAUUGGUAAUUUAGGAUUAAGUUUAAUAAACUCAAGUUUUAAACAGUACAAUCCGAAAACCGCCAUUUGUUUCAUUAAUGUUAGUAUCAUUGGACUUUCACAAAUUGGGUUAAUUAUUAGUAGUAUGAGUGUAUUGAGUGGUAUUCCAAAUGCUCAUAACAUUAUGGGUUCUUUAAGUGGAUUUUAUAGUUUCUGUGGUGGUAUUGGUAUUAUGAUUAUUAGUACUUUGGGUGGGUUUUUAAGUGAUUAUUGGAUUUUAAGUCCAUUCUUUAUUUUAGGUUUAUUCAAUUUGGCAUUAGUUGCAAUUUCAAUUCGUUCUUAG